GGUCUGGGCGAAGCCUUGAGGGCCCCGGGUCGCCGCUUCUUUCCACGAGCGCCGGCGUGGGAUCGCCAGCUACCACCCUGAGCUCCGGGACAGUGCCCCGACUGACCGUGUGCUGAGUGCCCCCCCCCCCCCCAGCAGAGUAUUUGGCCCAGUAUUCUGCCCCAGACUGCAAGCAUGUGACACACUCCAGGGGGGUCCUGCCGGCCUGUGGCUCGACCUGGCCGGUUGUCCUCUCAGCAGAGCAGGGGUAGAAGUAGUGCUUAAUGUAGAGAACCAUUGAGAGAAACACAGACCUGCAAGUCCAAUGCACAGUUGCUGUGUGCCGCAUCUGUUUUCGAUAUUGGAAGUCUCCUAAGAAACAUUAAAUGGCAGUGACCGGCAGGUGGCACUGGUGACUGCGUAGUGUGCAGUGAUCAGAGACUGUUUCUCAAGUGUGGUACUUGAGCGCCAGCCCCAGAGCGGGCCGGUGUUAUGGUAAAACAAAGCAGAGUUUACAUAUUAGUGCCAGAGACCAACAAUGUAAAUGUAAACACAUAUAAGUUGCUAGACAAAAAGAAUUGAGGUUUUCUGAGUGAGUCACCUCUUGAAGAAGUCAGAUCUUGAGCCCAGAAAGAUGUAAUAAAGAGCCAGUCAUACAGAAAGUGAAAGGGAGAGUAUUGAGAGUGUAGGAAAUGUAAUUUUUAUAGACUUACUUUGUGGGUAUAUUUUAGAUAUACAUAGUGAUAACAUUCAAUUUAGGGAAUUUGUACCUGUACAUUGUACAUCUUGCUGCUGCUUUUAUUCCCUUUUCUUUCCCCUCCAACCCCUCUUUCAAGCUUUGUUUACAUUUUUUCUUUCAAUUUUUUCUUGUACUUACUAUUUCCCCCACCCCCAUAUAAUUUGCAAAAGCUGUACUGUAAGCUGAGCUCUAAUUUUGUUCUGGGGUAUUGAAAUAUUUUGUGCAUUGAAUGCCACAAUCUGUUCUUUAUUUUAGAACUUAACUCUUGCUUUAAUGUAGAGAGUAAAUUGGAGGAUGGCAUGAGUAGCAAAGAGACAACCCAGUUGGAGACUAUUGCAAGAAUCCGGGUGAGAUGUUCUAGUACCUACACUGCUGGUGGCAAUGUAGUUAAAGAUAAGUAGACAAAAGGAGACAAAAUUAGGAAGAUUAAGUGAUAAAUUAGAAGAGGUUAAUGACAGAGAAGGAUAUAACAAGGAUUAUUCAGGUUUAUGGGCUGAUUUACCAAGGUGAAAAAAGAUGAAGGGAAAACAGAAUAGCAUGGGAAGAGAUGUUGGAAUAGAUAAUUCCAAUUUAGACAGACUAACAGGAAACUUUGUUAUAUCCAAAAAGAACUACUUAGUUAACAAGUACAUAUAAGAAUUUGGUGCUCAGAAAAAAGUAAUAACAGUGCUCAGAUGACAGAUUCGUGUUAGGGUUACAAACACGGGGAUUGUCUGCAUAUGGGCAGUAUUUAAAGUCAAGGAAAUGGAUAGAAUCACUGAGAUAUGAUCUGGCUUGAUGGUUCUCAUCUUUUGGGCCUGAGGCAAUCAUUGCGGUUAAAUAUUGUUUGGGGUUUAAAGAAUUAGGUCUCAGUAAAUGAACAGUCCUUAGGUAUCUUGUACUUGUCAGUCUUGUGUUGUCCUGAAAUACCCUGCCUUGUGGUAGAGAAAGAAAAACAAGAUCUCAUGUCCACAGAUGAUUUUCUGGAUCUGAUCCAUAGGCUUGCUAGUUUUUCAGUGGGGCUGAGAGGCAUGUCAGUUUUCUGCCACCUACAGGACAGACCAUGAAGCUGAAGGAACUUAAGCAGCCAGCUGUUCAAGUGUGGAGCCCAGCCAGCCAGUACCCUGUGUGUCUGGCCACAGGAACAUCUGCCCAGCAGCUGGAUGCCUCUUUUAGCACAAAUGGCACAUUGGAAAUCUUUGAGGUUGAUUUCAGGGACCCUUCUCUGGACUUGAAACACAAAGGAGUCCUUUCUGCUUCAAGCAGGUUUCACAAGCUGACUUGGGGGAGCCUUGGCAGUGGCCUUCUGGAAAGCUCCGGGGUUAUUGCAGGCGGCGGGGAUAGUGGCAUGCUUACUCUGUACAAUGUGACUCACAUCCUGUCCUCAGGAAAGGAGCCUGUGAUUUCUGAGAUACAGAAGCACACAGGGGCUGUGAGAGCCCUUGACUUCAAUCCUUUCCAGGGCAACCUCCUGGCCUCCGGGGCCAGUGAUGCUGAAAUCUUCAUCUGGGAUUUGAGUAAUCUGAGUGUUCCAAUGACGCUAGGAUCCAAGUUACAGCCCUCAGAAGACAUCAGGGCACUGUCUUGGAACCGGCAAGUCCAGCACAUUCUGUCUUCUGCUCACCCCAGUGGCACAGCAGUUGUGUGGGAUCUCAGGAAGAAUGAGCCUAUCAUCAAAGUCAGUGACCAUCGCCAUAGGAUGCAUUGCUCAGGCCUGGCCUGGCAUCCAGAUGUAGCCACCCAGUUAGUGCUGUGCUCAGAGGAUGACUGCCUUCCUGUGAUUCAGUUGUGGGAUUUGCGCUUUGCUUCCUCACCUCUGCAGGUGCUAGAUGGCCACAGCAGGGGGAUCUUGUCAGUGUCAUGGAACCAUGCUGAUGCUGAGCUGUUACUCAGCAGUGCCAAGGACAACCAGAUCUUGUGCUGGAACGUGGGAAGCAGUGAGGUGGUAUAUAAACUACCCACAGAGAGCAGCUGGUGUUUUGAUGUGCAGUGGUGCCCUCAAGACCCUUCAGUGUUCUCUGCUGCCUCCUUUGAUGGCUGGAUCAGUUUGUACUCCGUUAUGGAAUGGAGCUGGGAAGUCCAGCACAUGAGACAGGCUGAUAAGAUUUCCUCUUUCAGCAAAGGCCAGCCUCUCCCACUACUGCAGGUGCCAGAGCAAGUGGCCCAAGCAUCACGGAUACCUCCCCUGAAAAAGCCCCCCAGAUGGAUUCGAAGGCCAUCAGGUGUUUCUUUUGCUUUUGGGGGGAAGCUGGUUACCUUCGGCCUUCCCAGCACUCCUGGCCAGCAUGUGCCACAGCCUUGGCCCCGCCUUGUCUUCAUCAGCCAAGUCACCACAGAAUCUGAAUUCCUGACACGAUCAGCUGAACUGCAGGAGGCCUUGGGAUCAGAAAAUCUCCUGAAUUAUUGUAAGAAGCAGAGCCAGCGAGCUUCACUGGCAAGUGAAAAGGUGCUCUGGCAGUUUCUGAAGGUGACUUUAGAGGAAGACUCCAGAAUAAAAUUUCUGAAGCUGUUAGGGUACAAUAAAGAUGAGCUUCAGAAGAAGGUGGCCAGACAGCUGAAGAGUGGCUUGGGGUCAGUGGAGAACCCUCAGCCCCAGGGAGACGCCCUCAACAACGAUGGCUGCCAGGCCUUCUGUAGCCAGGUCUCCAAACACAUGGGAGAGGAAGACUCUUCAUCCUCAGCCUUCUUUGAUGAGCUUAUUCCUCAGAACAUGACUCUGUGGGAGAUCCCUGUCACAGAAGACACAGAUGGAAUCCUGAGCCAGGCCCUGCUGCUGGGGGAACUGGGUCCUGCUGUGGAGCUAUGUCUGAAGGAAGAGCGCUUUGCUGAUGCUGUCAUUCUGGCUCAGGCUGGGGGCACAGAUCUGCUGAAGCGGACACAGGAGUGCUACUUUGCCAAGAGAAGAACCAAGCUCUCCUCGAAGAAGUGGAAGGAACUGGUGUAUACAUGCAGCCUAAAGAACUGGAGAGAGGCACUGGCCUUGCUCCUGACAUACUCAGAGCCGGAGAAAUUUGCUGAGCUUUGUGGCAUGCUGGGAACUCGCAUGGAACAGGAGGGCGGCAGGGCACUAAUUUCUGAAGCCAGACUCUGUUAUGUGUGCUCAGGGAACGUGGAGCAGCUGGUAGAGAGCUGGGCAAGAUGCCACCAGGCCUCAUCCCCUUUGGCUUUGCAGGACCUGAUGGAGAAGGUUAUGGUCUUGAACAGGAGCUUGGUGCUACUGCAGGGUUCUGGCAGGGUGAUCCCAGGCCCUAUCACAACCAACAAGCUCACCCAGUAUGCCAACUUCCUGGCUUCCCAGGGCAAGCUGGCCACCGCCAUGAGCUUCCUACCCAGUGACUGUGACCAGCCACCAGUUCAACAGCUGAGAGAUCGCCUUUUUCAUGCCCAAGGUUCUGCCAUCACUGGCCAGCCAUGCCCCCCGUUUCCUUUCCCCCGGGUUGUUGUGGGAGCUGCCUCUUGCUCUACAGACAUGUCUCAUUACACACCGAGGUCCCAGUCUUCUCACCAGAUUCUAGCUCCAUUUCUAAGACCAUGGGCCAUACCUCAGUCAUCCCUGAUGCCCUCGGCACCCUACCAGACUGUUGGUGCUUUAUCUCAGCUGCAACUGUCAGGAGGGCAAAGGCCUCAAGUUUCAAAGCCUGUGGGGUUUCCUAGAACAUGGUCACUUCCUGGUCCCCCUCUACCAGUGACACCCCCAGACGUGAUUCUGCCUGGCUCUGCCUUUCUGUCUGAUACACCGCGACUGCUCCCUCUGGCUCCUGUACUCCCAGCCCCUCCUGCUGGCUCCCCAUUGCUGCACCCUCCUGGAAGGCCAGGGUCUCUGUGUUCUGCUGCCCUCCGACAUGCUGGUGUCCCGCCUCCCCCAGAACCUCAGGAUUCCUGGAAAGAUUCCUCAGCCCCCAGGGGACGCUUUCAGAGUAAAAAGCUGCCAGAUACAUUUAUGCCUCCUGCACCAAUCACUGCUCCAGUUAGGAACUUCAGCCCUGAGCCACCCCACUUCCUUCCAGCACAGCUCCCCAUCUCCAGUCCUCAGCACCUGCCUCCUACAAGGAUGGAAAGGAAGGAGCUGCCUCCAGAGCAUCAGUCCUUGAAAGCCAGCUUCAAGGCACUUCUUCAGCGCUGCUCCCUGUCUGCAGCUGAUUUGAAGACCAAAAGGAAGCUGGAUGAGGCGGCCCAGCGCCUGGAAGGUCUCUACCAGAAGCUACGUGAGGGGACGCUCUCGCCGCAUGUUGUGGCGGGGCUCCACGAAGUUGCCCGGUGUGUGGAUGUGGGAAGUUUCGCGCAGAGCCUGGAGGUCCACGCCCAGGUGGUGGGCUGCAGCAGCUUCAGCGAAGUAUCCAGCUUCAUGCCCAUCCUGAAAGCUGUCCUCACCAUCGCGCAUAAACUACAAGGCUGAGCCAGGCAACCUCGUGCCAGAGGCCACCUCUGCUUCCUCCAGAUGGAGUUUAUUUCCCAGCUCCUUCCCCUGUGGCCCAACUUGUGGGGUUGUAGGGCCAGUGCCAGCCAACUGAGGGCCUGCUUUCCACCCUCUUGUGCCUGGGACCUAGGUAGGGUCCAUCCAAGGAGGCCUGGUCCCUGUCCUGGGACAGGGCGGAGAGCCAGGCCUUACUUUCCUUGUUCCCCCACCCCAAGCAUACUCCAUUCAAGUGGCUCUGAGUCUUUGCUUCCAAAUCUACCUCUGCUGUGACCCAUCUCACAGGUCUUGUUUUUCCCUUCCAGGAUUUAUGAGUCUAACCUUACCUUCACCCUGCCUCUGACCUUAUAUUUUUAGACCUAUAUUCUUCUGUAGCCCUGAGGGCUGCUAGAGUUGGUGCUUUUCACCCUAUGAACAAGCCUUGAUGUAAGGGAUUGGAGUUGGGCAGAACCAGAGGAAACUCUGGUCCCUUUUAAAUGGAACUUCUCAUGCACCAGUAUUACGAAAGGGGUCUAGGGGAGAGGACAGCUGAAAGGGGAGAACUGCCUUUUGCUAGGAGCUGUUAGUUUAGAAGAUGGCAGCAGAGGGACGCCAGCCUCCUGGGAAGGGCGCUUGACUCCCAAGGCCUGGGCUGAUGGUUCUGUGGUGAAAAGCCCCACCAGACAGGUGCCACGUUUGACGGCUGACUUUCAGCACUGCUUCUCAUGGAUUGGGCCUUCUUCCCCCUUGCCUGCCACACUCAGGACUGCUUUCUCUGUGAGCUCUCUGUUUGAGGCACCCAUGUAUUUAACAGUACAAUAAAUCUGCUGUGGUUUGGUC